AUGCCAUCGGAUAAUCCAAAAAUAGCGGAUGAUUAUAACCGUAUCGCUGUUGUAUACGAUGAGACAGGACGGUUAGAGUUAGUAUUACAGUAUUACGAUUCAGCCCUAAAAAUUUAUGUUAGUUUUUAUGGAGAAGAUCAUGUUAAAACCUCAUACGCUUACAAUAAUAUAGGUGUAACGCUCUGGAAACAGAAACGAUAUUCGCGCGCACUAGAAAAUUUAGGAAAAGCGCUGGUUAUAAAAGAAAAAUUACUUCCUAUUCAUCAUCCUCAGAUUGCCGCUACGCAAGUGAAUAUUAGUCUUGUCUAUGGUGACAUGAAAAAAUAUGAUCUUGCAUUGAUGAACUUCGAAAAAGCUUUAAGAAUUCGGGAGUUUUCAUAUACUGUGUGA